CCUUCAGACUUUUACACACUUUUACAGUAAAACUUUCCAUCAAAUUUACACGCGGCUUUCCCCCGCGGCUGAUGCUCGCCUUGGAUUUGAUCUGAUAGAAUCGAAAGAAACGUUUCAUCCUCGCGUAUUUUAGUCUCUAAUGAAAGUCCGGACUCUCUGCUUGCUGUUCACUUUGUUUUGACAGCAAAAAAACAUUUAAUCGCUCCAGUUUUCGCCCAAAUGUAAGAGAAGAAAACACAAGAGUCUGUGGCUCGUGGACGCGCACAGACACAAAGCGGGCGGGUUGAGUCUACGAGGUUCUCAUGUGUUGUUUAAAGGCGCAGCGCCGCGCGAGCGUUGAUCAUUCAUUGCUGAGAGCAGACUGUGUGAAACCCUGCAGAUCAUCCGAUCAUAGAGAGAGAUAUGGCAGAAACCGCCCCCGCCCCGGCUGCUGCCGCCCCGGCCAAAGCGCCCAAGAAGAAGUCCGCCGCGAAAGCCAAGAAAGCAGGUCCCGGCGUCGGCGAGCUGAUCGUCAAAGCGGUGUCCGCGUCCAAGGAGAGGAGCGGCGUGUCCCUCGCCGCGCUGAAGAAAUCGCUCGCUGCCAGCGGCUACGACGUGGAGAAGAACAACUCCCGCGUCAAGCUCGCCAUCAAGAGCCUGGUGACGAAAGGCACACUGGUUCAGGUCAAGGGAACCGGCGCAUCGGGCUCCUUCAAGCUCAACAAGCAGAAAGCCGAGAGCAAGAAGAAACCCGCGGCCAAGAAAGCGGCUCCUAAAGCGAAGAAGCCCGCGGCUAAGAAACCCGCCGCCGCCAAGAAGCCCAAGAGCGCCGCGGCAAAGAAGCCUGCAGCCGCUAAGAAGUCGCCCAAGAAGGCCAAGAAACCCGCCGCCAAGCCCGCCAAGAAGGCGACGAAGAGCCCCAAGAAGGCGAAGAAGCCCGCAGCCGCUAAGAAAGCAGCCAAGAGCCCGAAAAAGGCCAAGGCAGCGAAACCGAAGGCGGCAAAGCCUCAAGCCGCCAAGCCUAAAAGGGGACCUCCCAAGAAGAGAUAAACAUCUACUCUCCCCCACAACGGCUCUUUUAAGAGCCACCCACCUACUCUGAGUAAAGAGCAAACUCCGAAUCUCGUGUAUAUUAACAAUUUGUUAAUUUAGAAAACAAAUAACCAAGAUUUGGCUUUCAGCUUCUUGGACUUAUAAUCUGAAAGAACAAUAGAAAAUGCUUUUUUUUAUCUAAAAUAAGUUUUGAAAAACUUAAACCUAACUUUUUUUCUUGUAUGCAUAAAAAUGGCCAAAAGCUUAUGAGGGUUUGUCAGUGAUCAUAGUUCAAAUAAUGUUCUACUAAUGGUACAGAAUAUAUUCACAUAACUCUAUUGGAGAAUUAUGACAAGACAAACACCAAUAAGCAGUGGUAAAACUCCAGUAUUACAAUAGUAACAUAAUUCUGUACAGUAUUGGGUCAAUGUGCUCAAUAUAGCAGAAUCAAAUCAAAUCCUUUUAUUGUCACACAACCAUUAACACAAGUGCUACAGUGGGUGAAAUCCUUGGGUGCAGUUCUGAGCAACAUAGCAGUCAUGACACAAUGGGACGUGUAACAAUUUACAGCAAACAUCAGAUUUACAUAAUUUACAGAUCUAAUGCGCACAAUUACUCAGUACCUUAUAACAAAACAACAUACAAUAGACACACAUACGAUACAAAUUAUAUAUGUAAUAUACAGUAGGUUGUCUUGUGCUGUGUUGACAAUUAGAUUGUUUAUAGUUAUUAACAUAAACAAUAUGUAACUAUAUGUAAUAUACAGUGUUUGAAAGGUGUAACAGUUUUAAAAAUCCAUAUUUGUAACUAUUUGAAU